AACUUUUUACAAGGUGAAAGGAUUGUUCCACAGAUGCUGGUUUUGAUCCUGAAAUACUCGUGUUUGAGCAGUGGGCAGGAUUCUAUUCACAAGGACCUUUGACCCUGUGAGCACAGCUCAGACUGAGACUCAGUCGACCAGUCAGACUUUGUCUUUGAUGGUGACGUGAGGACACACCCUCUCUGAUGAAGAACAACGAGCUAACGGAGUGAAAUCCACUUCACUCCGUCUGAUGCAAGCUGAAGUGAAGCACGGAGCUCCUUUUCUACACGGACCUGCUGAGGACAGAAGAGAGCUGCACACUGAGGAAGUUCAUGUCUACAAGCUCAGCGUCUUUAAAAAGGACAUAUGGAUAAAGUCAAGAAGUACCUCAUCAACAUUUUAGUGGAGCUCAAGGAGGAGGAGUUUAAAGAGUUCAAGUGGCACCUGCGGGACCCUCCAAGCCCGGAAGACUUCCGAGCAAUCCCAGCCUGUCCCCUGCAGAACGCAGACAGGAGGAAAACCGUGGACCUGAUGGUGCGGUACCACGGCUCAGACUCUGUCGACUUGGCCAAAGAGGUUUUGGAAACGAUUCCAAGGAUGGAUCUAAUCCAAAAAUUUGACAAAACUGCCUCUUCGAGGAGCAAGGAGGAACAUGAAGGAGAAUGAUGUGUGCGAUAACAUUCAUUUACUGUAGCUUGGACAUAUUCUGUAAAAUAAAAAGUCCUUGCAUACAACUUAA